AUGGCAAAGUAUAAGAAAGGAAAAGACGCAAAAUACGCGGAUGCUGUCGGAGAUGACGACGACGACGUUUUCCCAAUUGCUCGAAAAAUCGCCGAGCAUACUAAAGAAAAAGACAAAGAAAUACACGCCUCACACUUCGAACUUGAUGGGAAGCCUUUUUCUGCUAUCAACAAGGCCAUGCUGCCAAUUUAUAUUGAAGAUCCGCAUGAGUAUUUUGAUGAAUUUGGGUUCCGGAAGCAAGAGGAGGAUAAUGGCACAAAAAAUGAAGAAGACACAGACACUCCGAAAGCGCAUCCAGUUCCCUUGGAGGACAGCGGACAUAAACUAAAAAUGAUUUCAUAUCUGCAAGAUGUGCACAAGGAAGUGAAAAACGAUGUGUUGUGGUCGCAUAUUGUGGGUCCCGAGCUGAAAACGGAUAGAUUUGAGGAGCUAUUGAAAGAAGGCGGAAUCCCCCAUUCAAUGCGUCCAUUUCUUUGGCCUCGUCUUUCUGGAGCUACAAUAAAACAGAGAGAAGCAAAAUACACAUAUGAGAGUGUAUUGCAACAAUGCGCACAGGAUAAGCCAUCUAUUGGAGUUCAAAUCGAAAGAGAUCUAUUGAGAACUCAACCAAACAAUAUAUGCUUCUGGAAGAAGAAUUCAGAAGGAGUUGAAGCAUUAAGAAGAAUUCUGAAAUGCGUUGCAUUUAUCUAUCCAGAUUUGGGGUAUUGUCAAGGAAUGGGUGUCAUCGUGGCGGAUCUCCUUUUGUAUUGCUCUGAAGAAACUACAUUUUGGAUGAUGACUGCUCUGAUCGAAGAUAUAUUGCCACCCAACUUCUAUACCCAAACCCUUCUCGGACUACAAGCAGAUGAGCGUGUCUCCAGACACCUCAUGAAGUGCCAUGUACCGGAUUUGAACAAGGCUCUGGAUGACUAUGAAGUCGAGAUAUCUCUUCUGACUAUCAACUGGCUACUAACACUAUUUGGAUCAGUUUUUCGUACUCGAGUACUAUUGAGAGUCUGGGAUUUUAUAUUCUAUUCUGGGAGUGUGAACAUCUUCCGAGUGAUGAUAUCGAUUUUAAAAAUGAAAGAGCAGGAAAUUGUAGAAAUUGCAGAAACAACGAAGUCUUCUGCAGAUAUUUUCACAGCGUUGAGCCAACUACCGGCAACGGUAACCGAGGUAGAGAAGGUUAUUGAAUACAUGGGAUCAUUUGAGUUCACAAUAACGGACCACUUAAUUGCUGAGUUGAGAAAGAAACAUCAGGCAGUGUUAAUGGCUGACCAGGGAAUGAUUGUGAACACAUCAACUGAUACCAAUCUCCCAAAACAAACAACAACGAGGAGAAAGUUGACAAGAUCGAAAUCUAUUAUCAAACAAAUAUUCAGUUCUAAGGAUGAGAGUGGAAAUGAUCCGAAAAGCAAAAACAUCCGUCAAACUGAAAUUCUGGUCGAUCUGAAAGAGUCCGUUCUGCAAAUAUGUCGGUAUUUCGUGUCUUGUGAUGAGAAGAUGGAGUUGAAUGUAUGCACACAGGCCGAUUAUAGUCCGGAAAGUCAUAACCAAGACAUAGCCAAUUAUUUGAAAGGGCGACGUAUCGGUGCGAAAAGAGCGCGUGCUCUCCUAGACUUUGCCAGAGAGGAAGAGAAUGAGCUGGGAUUCAGAAAAAACGACAUCAUCACAAUAAUUAGUGAGAAGGACGAGCAUUGUUGGGUGGGAGAGGUGAACGGAUUACGCGGCUGGUUCCCGGCCAAAUUUGUGGAAGUGGUCGAUGAAAGAGGAAAGAGCUAUACAAUUUAUGGAGAUGAAGCGGUGUCACCCGAGAUCACCGAGUACAUACGAGGUCGAUUAGCUAAUAGCUUUCGACAGAUAAUGGAUCAUGGGAUACGCGAGAAUGUGCUGCAUUCGUCGAUGGGCUAUCAUCCGUGGUCGUUUAUAGAGGACAUUGCGUAUUAUUCUGUGGAGAAGAAUUUCAAUUCAGUUUACUCAAGGCUGACGUUGUGUAACACUUUCAAUCUUGAUGAAGAUGGAAAAAUCUUGACCCCAGAAGAACUUCUCUUUCGUUCAGUCCAACUUAUCAAUGACUCUCAUAACGCUGUAUCAUCACAUUACGAUGUGAAAUUAAGAAGUCUUCUAGUCGUCGGGGUCAACGAGCAAUGCCUUCACCUAUGGUUUGACCUUCUCUGUUCCGCCACACAACACGAACACAUUAGAAAUAAAUACUAUCAUAGCUGGGCAUUCAUACGAUCACCCGCGUGGCGUCAAAUCAAAUGUGACCUGCGCCUAUUGAGUCAGUUCUCGUUCAACCUCAGCAUGUCAUUCGAAAUCGAGGGAAUCGACAAGAAAAAGCGGAAGUUUUUGAAUGGGCUACUUACCAGUCAAAAGAAGAAAAUUCUCUCAACCGUCGUGUCUUCUUCACAAGACAAUAAACAGAAUGGGGAUGAACCGUUGAAGCAAGGUGUCACCGAUAUGCUUAUCAAGCAUCAUUUAUUCAGUUGGGAUUUAUAA